UUAAAAACCCUAACAAAUCUAGAACUGGAUUAACAUUGAAAAACCCUUUUUGGAGUUGCAUAAGCAGGGCAACGCAGUCGCUUUUUUGGGGUUUUUUCUUCUUCUUUUAGACAAACCUUAAUCGUCGAAGAUGCCGAAGUCCAAGCGUAACAAAAUAGUUUCAUUAUCAAAGACAAAGAAGAAGGGUAAAGAACAUAAAGAAUCAAUUGUGAAUUCCAUAAGGGAAGCUGCGGAAGAUUACAAUUCCAUCUAUGUUUUCUCUUUCGAGAACAUGAGAAAUCUUAAAUUCAAAGAGUUUAGAGAGAAGCUCAAACCUACCAGCAGAUUUUUCCUUGGUUCGAAUAAAGUUAUGCAAGUUGCACUAGGCCGUUCUGUUUCUGAUGAGAUUAGACCAGGUCUUUACAAAGUCUCUAAGCUUCUGCGUGGGGAUGCUGGACUUUUUCUUACCAACAUGCCUAGAGAUGAAGUCGAAAGCUGCUUUAAUAAAUUUGAAGAAAAUGACUUUGCAAGGACAGGAACCAUUGCAACUGAAAAGGUGGAACUUUUGGAAGGUCCUUUGGAUCAGUUCACACAUGAGAUGGAGCCAUUUUUGCGCAAGCAAGGCAUGCCUGUUCGGUUGAACAAAGGUGUUGUAGAACUUGUUUCAGACUUUGUUGUCUGUGAGGAAGGAAAACCUUUGUCACCUGAGUCUGCUCGGAUACUGCGCUUGUUGGGGAUCAAGAUGGCUACUUUCCGGCUAAACUUGAUAUGCAGAUGGAGCCCUGAGGAUUUUGAGCUUUAUAAAGAAGGACUAGACGAAUCGGACGUAGAAUGUGCCUAAACCAUCAUUUCCAGAGUGAAUAUUCAAAUAUCAUCUCUUGGAUACUGACAUCUUGUUGUUAACGAGUAAAAUGCAGCUGCGGCAUUGGUGUUGGUUGUUUAACAGUUUUGUCUGGAUUUCAGGUUACUGAAGUCUUUGAGUGUUUCAUUGACUGGUAUUAUUCUGCAAUUAUUGCACUAGAUUUUGAUAUAUGUUUUAAUAUGUUUGCCUUUUUAAGUGCUUACCUCUGUAAAAUCUUAUGUUAUAGUAUUUAAUCUACAUUUGACUAGCGGGGUAUAUGAAAUUGCACCCCUAUUAAAUGGUUGAUUUUCGGUAUCAGUAAUGAAUUGCAGUGUUCUAUUAAA